CCAACCCUGCCCACAACAUCAGUCCUGCAGACUCCAAUAUUGGGACCCCAGCACCCCUCAGACCUGGCACAGGGACCCCCGCAGCAUCCCAGGGUGCCUCAGCCCCGCAGGCCCAGCAGCACCAGAGCCCAGGCAGAGACAUUUGCAGGGUGUGCAGUGCGCAGCCAACUCGUGGCACGAGUGGGAGCUGUGGGGCUGCACCCUGGGAGGACCCCCACUCCCAUAUCCCCCGGGUGGGGGCUCUUUCCCCAGCCUCGCUCCCCUGUGAUGGUGUCUCCCGCGAUCGCACUGGCCUUCCUCCCCUUCCUCGUCACCCUGCUGAUCCGGUACCGGCACUACCUGGUGCUGCUGUACCGGGCCGUGCUGGUGGCCUGGCUGCGGGACCGGCUCACCGGCACCACGCGGGAGCAGCGCGCCUUCCAGUACCUGCUGGCCCACGCCAUCCCCGGGGACCCCCACCACAUCCUGCAGACCUUCGACCAGUGGUGCUACCACUGCGAGCACCUCAGCUGUGUGGGGCCCGCCAAAGGGCGGAUCGUGGAGCGGCUGCUGCUGGAGCGGGCACCGCUGCGGGUGCUGGAGCUGGGCACCUACUGCGGGUACGGCACCGUGCUGCUGGCGCAGGGGCUGCCCCCGGGCGCCCGUCUCUACACCGUGGAGGGGAACCCCCAGCACGCCGCCGUGGCCGAGAAGGUCAUCCGCCUGGCCGGCUUCGACGAGCACACGGUGGAGCUCAUCGUGGGCCCCUCGGAGGAGGUGAUCCCCCAACUGCGGGAGAAGCACGGCCUGAUGAAGGCCGACUUCGUCUUCAUGGAUCACUGGAAGCGCUGCUACCUGCGGGACCUGCGGCUGCUGGAGAGCCACCAGCUGCUGGCUGAGGGGGCCACCAUCCUGGCCGACAACGUCCUCUUCCCUGGGGCGCCCCACUUCCUGCAGUACGCCAAGACCUGCGGCAGGUACCGCUGCAGGGUGCACCGGGCCAGCCUGGAGUACUUCCGCGCCAUCCCCGAUGGCGUGGCCGAGCUCCGCUACACCGGCGCCCGCUGACCGGGCCACGAGCUCCCGCCCCGCGCUGCCACGGGCACCGACGGCAACGCUGGCUGCAACACGGGCUCUGCAGGAAAUGUGCUGGCUGCUGUGGUCUGUGGGGGGGUGCUGGGGGAAACUCGCUCCCCGAGUGGCUCCUGCCCGCGCUGCUUCCCCAUGUCCCUGCAGGGAGCU